AUGUCAUCCAACGUUCGGAAAUCUGCCGCUGGAAACGCUUCCCUAUUAUCUCCUUCGAAUUAUGACGAGGACGCUCCGUCUAUUCAUUCAGAGAACAGUGAUCAAGACGAAGACAGUGAUGAUGACAAGAUAAUUCAGGGGGCGCGUACGUCCGCAGAUAUUAGGAAAUAUGAUCGAGGUGUAUUAGAAGAGGAAGAAGAAAGGGACGAGCUUUUAGAAAGAAAUUUGAAGCGCGGGAGAAGAGGAAGCGCAUUGGAAGGAAUAAGCUCGGGACUUAGAGGUCUAUGGAGUAAGAGCCAUGUUCUUUUACCUGGAGCUCGCAAUGAAAGUUCCUCAAAUCAAGACGAUGAAACCGAAGUGGAAGAAAAACGACGCCAAAGGAGAAAUAGACGGCAGAAGAAGAGGGAGAAAUUGAUGGAAGAUGCAAGUUAUGGUGAAGAUGGAGAGUUGAUGUUCGAGAUGGAAGGAGGGCGCAUGAAAGAAGGCAGUGCGACAGGGUCAAGCAGCGAAACUGACGAGAGCGACGAUGCCGACAGACGUGGCUUGCUAAAUGUGCGGGACCAGGCGACGCAACGGAAAAACUCGAGAUGGGCUUGGUGUGCUAUAUAUCUUCUGAUAGCAUUGGGGUUUACGGCUUUAUUGUUAGUGGCAUGGAAGCUGUCAAAGAAAGCACGUUUCACAAAAGAACAUCAGAUUUUCCUGAGCAAUGGCACAGCUUUAUUCGCGCCAACGACUAUCUUGAUAAGCUUGGACGGAUUUCGAGCCGACUUCUUGAAACGGGGUAUCACACCUAGAUUGAAUACUUUCGUCGAAGAGGGAAUUUCGCCUGUCUAUAUGAAUCCUAGCUUCCCUUCUGUCACCUUUCCAAACCAUUAUACAUUGGUUACUGGUCUCUACCCAGAAUCACACGGCGUUGUGGGAAAUACAUUUUGGGACGAGAAAUUACAAGAAGAAUUCUACUAUACCAAAUCUGAAGCGAUGCACAAGAAAUGGUGGGGCGGUGAGCCUCUAUGGGUCACUGCUGAGAACCAAGGAAUCAGAACUGCCAUUCACAUGUGGCCAGGAAGUGAAGCACAUAUCAUGGAUGUGGAGCCUGCAUACUUGGAUAAAUACAACGGACAAGAACCGCUUCCCAACAAGGUCAGCCGAGUACUUGAGCUUCUGGAUAAGCCUGGCCGAGAAGAUAGUCAAGCGGCUUUGGCUGAUAUGAGACCUCAACUAAUUGCAGCAUACGUGCCCAACGUUGAUCAGCAUGGUCAUCUUUACGGGCCAAAUAGUACUGAAAUUAGGGUAACUAUAACAGAGGUUGACACUAUGCUUGAUCAAUUGUUCCAAGGACUUGAGGCAAGAAAUUUAACAAAUAUUGUUAACGUUGUCAUUGUUUCAGAUCAUGGAAUGGCUACUACAGACACAAACCGUCUUAUUCAACUAGAAGAUAUCAUUGAUACCAGUCUAAUCGAACACACCGAUGGCUGGCCUUUAUAUGGACUUCGGCCAAAAGAUCUCUCACACCUUCAAGGUCUUUACGAUACUUUGGCUGCAGAAGCCGCUAUCAAUCCCAAUUUUGAGGUUUAUCUACGAGAUGUUAAUAUGCCCGAACGUUAUCAUUUCUCCAAAAAUGAGCGAAUUGCACCUUUAUGGAUUGUUCCAAAGACUGGUUGGGCGAUUGUCAUGAAGGACGAAUUUGAUGUAGUUGAAGGAAAAGCAAAAGGAAUUGCCUAUCACCCUCGAGGACUGCAUGGCUACGAUCAUGAGCAUCCGCUCAUGAGAGCUAUUUUCAUCGCUAGAGGCCCUGCUUUCCCGCAUGAGCCUAAUAGUCGCGUUGAGCCCUUUCAAAAUAUCGAAGUGUAUAAUAUAAUCUGUGACUCUCUGGGACUUACACCUAACCCCAACAACGGCACAUUACGUCUUCCACUCAAGCCUGUUGGGCUUCACUCGCCUGAUACAUCUCCCCCCGAACCUGCUGAUCCCGAGCCAAGUCCUUCAAAGCUGGAGCCUCAAACGAACGCAACUCUAUCUAUAUCGCCAAUUGAAGCUAGCUCUACAGCAGAUCCCAAUGUAGUCCCUCCACAAAUGGUAGGUGUAGAUACACCAGAAGACUUAGAAGAUCCAAACGUGGAUAGGCCGGUAGUAGAAGACGAGAGUAGUAAGACAGACGAUGAGAAAAAUUGGUGGGCAUGGUUCAAGGGAGAACUAGAUGACUUCAAAGGCUGGAUUUCUGAUUUAACCCACAAGAAUGGGACCAACGGAACUCGGGCCUAG